AGAAGCUGAAAAUUCUUAUUGUUAGUUUUGCGGGCAAUAAGGACGUUAGAUGGAUAAGAAUUUCUUAGGAAAUUAAUAUAUCGCUCAAGACGACUUUCCAGAGUGAUUUUUGAUAAUUGCAAAAGAAUUCGAAGAAACAUCACACUGUGACAAAGAGGAAGAAUUUACAACUUUAAACUUCUAUAAUAAUCAGCUAUGCCGACUAUGACUAUAUCGAUGGAAAUGAUUGAACUAAUAUCGCAAGUGAUGACUCCCGUUAACAGCUUCGUAGGGGUGAGUCUCCUGACGAUGCCCUACUGCUUCAAACAAUGCGGCAUCGUCUUGGCCACUCUAAUAUUAAUUCUGUGUCACAUCUUGUCACGACUGGCGUGUCGCUUUCUCAUCAAGUCGUCCGUACUAGCAAAUAAACGCAAGUUUGUACUACUUGCUUCUCACACGUUCGGUAUGAAAGGGAAGUUUCUCGCGAAGAUUUUAAUCGUCGGUUUUAUGCUGGGAACUUGCGUCGCCUACUUCAUCGUCAUCGGCGAUCUGGGAUUCCAGCUCGUACAGAAUCAGAUGGAUAAUGUAAUCUCGGAGCAUAUUCGCACACUCUGGAUAAUCGUGAUCGAAGUCUUCGUAGUUUUUUUUGUCGAACUAUGUCAAAAUAUUGAUUAUCUGUUUGACACUUACAUCAUUAGUGUUAGCUUCUAUCUUUGCGUUGCAGUAGAGACUGUAAUAAAAUUUUUCAUUCCGAAAAAUUGGUGGAGCAAUAUUAAUUGGGACAGUGUUGAUUAUUGGAGAUUAGCUGGCAUUCCCCAGUGCUUGCCAAUCUUUUUCAUUGGUUCCUUCUGUCAUAUUCAACUGCUCGAAAUGUAUGAAAUGACUUCAACUACAUCUCUAAAGAAAAUGAAUAAAGUUGCAGGACUAGCAUUAAAUAUAUGUACUGUUAUGUGCAUAAUCGUUGGCUUCUUUGGUUACAUUCGCUUUGGUAAUACUCAAUCACUCGCAGGAAAUAUUUUACUGAAUUCUGAGCCUGACAUGUUGUCCGAAUUUAUUAAAUUGUUAUUCAUAGUUUUGAUUGUAUUCAAUUUCCCUCUAGUCAUUCGUACUUGUCGUAACAGCUUGUAUUCUCUUUUAUUUAAUCAGAUAACUACUGACGAGCUAUUUGUCAGUCAUUUGUCAAAAUUCAAAUGUCUAUGCCUCACUGUCGCAAUAGCAACCAUUGCUAUGGUAAUCGCUAUUCUAAUGCCAAGCCUAGAGUUUGUUCUUAGUAUCAUUGGAUCGACGAUUGGAGUAAUGAUCUUAAUAUUUCCGACAACAAUUUUUGUAUCUAUUACGACGAAAAAUAAUGGUGAUAAACUAUUGGCGCAAUGUAUUAUGAUAUUUGGUAUAUGUAUCAUUAUUAUCCUAUUCGGUUUGUGUGGCCGAUGGAUGAGUCAAUAUAUAUCUAUAAAAAAUAAUGAAACAAUAUAUAUACACGAAAGAAAUAUUCUUCAAUUCAAUAAAAUCAAUCGAGUGGAAUACAUUACAUCCUAAUGUUUCUAAUAUUGAUAAUUGAUGAGUCUCUAUGCUAGAACGAAAAGCAAAAUGAUUAAGCUGUAAAAGGGUAAAGGGUGUUUUCAAUAAAACUGUUUUGAUGCAAAGAAACAGCAUGCCGAAAAAUCUGAUAAAGCAGCAGUAAACACCUUUAUGCCGAUAAAAGAAAUAAAAGUAGAAACAAUUAAAACUUUAAAUGAGUAAUUAUAUAUAUAUAAAUGCGAUGCAGAUUACUGCUAAUAUCAACAGUUCUAAAAUCGAUGAAUCCGUUAUAUUUAAAGCGAAAAAGAAGAAUAAAAUAAUCAAGGAAAAGGGACGAUUUGCAGAAAUAUACGGCAGUUAUUAAGUAUUUUUAUAUUAUUAACUUAAAUGUGUUAAAAAAGGAGAAAUCUAAAUUGACGGCUAAUAGAGAUAUUCCAGUUUGUUGCCUUAAAAUUUUGAUGAAUAAGGCACUCAAGACACAGAAGAAAAAAUUUGAGAGGAAAAAGGUGGAAAUACGAUGGGAUGAAAUAUUUCAAAGGAGUGUGAAAAGAAAAUGUGAAUUAACAAAGAUAAUAUUUAAUCAGAGAACACAAUCGACUUGAAAGAAUGAGACAGAUUUAAAUGUUUCGGAAUUCUGCAAAUAUAAACUAAAGAUAUGAAAAUAUUCAGUACUAUUUUUUGACAAUAACAGAAUUCACUCUGCAAUUUUAUUUAUAUAUAUAUAUAUGGCUCGUUAUUAUUCAA